AUGUCCCCUCGGUACAACCCUCGCCAAGUUGCGAAACGGUCGGGCGUCGACGGAGACAUAUCUGCGUCAGGAUCGGCGACGGUUCAUUGGCGCGUUGGUCAAGCUACGGACGAACAGUCAUUGACUGCAGAUACCAGCAACAGCCCCGCCCUCCGAGGAACAAACCCCGCACCUCGUGAAGUGGACAGGUUUGGGAGGAAGAUUAGGACCACGAGCAAUGACGCAGAUCGCGGCAAUCUUAAACGGCUGAAGGGGUUGCCGGAGGGCACUCUGAUUGCCCUUGGUUGGGGUUGGGGAGGGGAAUUCAGGAUCGGAACUGGGCGGGAUGGGUCCGAAUCCUCACCGAGACCGCUGCACCCGAACUUUACGAAGAAGCAGUUCGUGGAUCUCGCGGCGGGAAAGCGCCACACGCUCUUUGUUUCCGAUGACGGCCUCGUGUUUUCUGUGGGCGAAGGUCUGUCCUGGCAGCUGGGCACCACAAGCCAGUUCAUCAACCACCCUGAUCGUCGGGCUGUUCAGAGACUGCCUAAGCAGGUGCAUCCUUCAGGCGAUCUGAAGGCGGGAAAGGACUAUUGGGUUGCACAGGCUGCUGCGGGCGAUACAUUUUCGGUGACGAGGGAGGCCAACGCGGAAGAUGCCGCGCGCGCGACCGAGGGCUUCCUUUGGAUGAAGAUGUCUCCGUCUAGCGAGUCGCUUCAAGAGCUGUGGGAGCACAUCCUCGAGGAAGAGCGUACGCUGCACCGGCGAUUUCAGGGCCGCUUAUUGUCGUGGGGCUCCGGCCAAAGAGGGCAGCUAGGCCUAGGAGAGGGUGUCGUCGACCGCAGGACUCCGCACGUGAUUGACGCCCUGGCCGGUCUGCCGGUCAGGAGUGUCGUGGCGGGUGCUGCUCACGCCCUUUGCGUCACCCUGGAUGGGAAGACGCGAGAGCCGUGCUCUUGCGCGUUCAAGACGACAAAGACCCCUGUCUUGCAAAACAAAGUGAAUAAUAUCGAUUUGAAGUACGGAGAGAAGAGCAAGGCCAGCAGCAAAGGCAUCGACAGGAACGGUGUCGGCACCUUUAUUUCCAGCCGCUGUCAUCCGCCUACCACGUACGUGCUCGGAUGCCGAUCCCGAAAGGUUUUUAGCUGGGGUUGUGGGCAGGAUGGCCGCCUAGGUCACGGCGACUACAAGGAUCGCUGGGAGCCGUGCCGCGUGGAAGGCGUAGGGUCGGAUCCGGUGGCACUGAUAGGAGCCGGUGCCGCCCACUCGAUGGCGGUGUCUCUGCCCCAGUCGGUCCACCUUUGGGGGAGGGGAGCGCAUGGACGACUCGGCACGGGAGACAACAAGUGCCGGCACGCGCCUGUCCGCCUCAAGAACUGGCCGCCGGGCUUUCCGGGUUGCGUCGUGAAGGACGUUGCGCUCGGAGGGGCACACAGCAUCGUUCUCGCACACCGGAGCGCGCCGACCACCCUGGCAAACCCAUGGGGCACGGAGAGUCUGGCCUACGCGUGGGGAUACGGGUACUGCGGACAGCUAGGGUUGGGUCGAAGGGUAGGUGCUUGCUGGGUGAAGCUUCCGAAUGGGUGCACCCGGCCACUGAAAGAGCUGAUUAUGUCGAUCGUGGCCGGAAAGUCGUUCAGCCUUGCCGCCAACGUGCAGGGGCAGAUGUUUGCGUGGGGAAAAGGGUGGGCAGGGCAACUCGGGCUUGGCAUCGCGAAAGAUUCGAGGGUGGCGCCGACGAGGGUAGAAUUUCCAGGUGUCGGGAGGCAUUUGGUCGUCAAGAUGGCCGCCGGGGAGAGACAUGCGUCCGCGCUAACGCUGGAUUGCUCACCUCCGCCCCGGGGAUGGGAAAAGGACAAACAGUGGAAAAAGGUCGUCGGAAGACUGCGAGUGAUGUGCCAGUGCGGUAUGCGUCCAUUCAGGUGGGGUAACAGCAACGCCAACAGAGACGUAGGCGGGGGUGGUUGCGGCGGCGACGGGGUCGGAACCCUUUCUCGUUGCAAGCCAGCAGCCGGCCGUGAUGUUUUCGGUCCAAUAGGAACCGAACACAUAGAAACAGGAGGAAAUAUAUGUUCGCCGCGUGGCCAACGGAACGUGUCUCUUGAUGCGGGGGCACCAGCUCCGCCGUGCGGGUUGCUGGUGUCCGUGGAGGACGAGGACGACGGCGGGGACACCGCGAGGUGGCUGAACCACAACGCCGUGGAAUGUCAGCGGGUGGCCGUCCUGUCGCACGCGAUGUUCACCCUCGAUAUCGGGAUCGCGCACGCAAUCACGCGCCAGAUCUUGCGGGGCUGGUUCGGGCAGCGGCUGGCGCGGCGCCGGCGAGAGGAGCAGCGGCGUCGGCGGCGAGAGGCGAUAGAGGCGGUAUGGUACGUGACAGUCCUCGGGGCGAUGGAGAAGAGCAUAGCCAGGUUCGACAAGGACGAAGAGCGAAAACGAAACCGUGAAGGCAUGGCUGCGGCUGAUCUCGAGUCGGCGUUCUACCGCUACUACAGUAAGCUGCAGCCGGUAAUCAUGGCGCUCAACCAGCAGCGCCAGGCCUUGAAGGACUUCUCCACAAGGCGAGCGAGAUCCAUUGCCCGGCAUACUUCAGCGACACAUGACCGCGAACGCACCCCCCCCCGCCGCCCAGAGGGCGUCACUCUCGAGACGCUCGCAUCAGCCUCGGACCCUCGGGUCGGGAGGGGCCUCGCCCGUCGAGAGACCGUUACGCUCUGGAGUCGCCGCGACGUCCGGCAGCUGCAGCGGCAGUUCCCACCGCGGCUGCGGCUACCCGAGGAGAAGGUGGUCCUCAUGACGGUCGGUCUUCCGGCCGGAGGUGACAGGCCGAAGUGGCGGUCGGCGAAGGACGGAAGCAGCGGCAGCAGCAGCAGCAGCGGCGGUGAAGCAUUGGGAGAAGGCACGGACCGAAUCGGAGCAAGGGGCUACUGUGGAGAGGCACGUGGGGCUGGGCGGUUGGGAGGAGUGGCGGAUCCGGACGUGGAUGCCCUGGUCUGGUCCUGUCAACCUCUGACUUCCCGGCGGACGAUAGACAUCGCGGGGCCGGAGAGGCUCUACCAAAGGGUCACGCGGAUGCGGGCAUCGCAGCUGCACCGCUUGACUAGCCGGCGUCGGGCAAGCUUCUCGGAGGGGGACUUCGCGGCUCGGGUGGACAAAACUGUAUCGGCAGAAGACCUCAGAUGGGCGCAAAAGCUCGGAAGGUCAGGAAGUCAAUCCGACGGGUGUUGUGAAGCCAAUGGUUCCAGAGGGCUGGGUGCUUCGUCAAUAAAAGUGGCAUUGUUGGGAUUUCUCGAGGGGAGACAACCGGCAAAGAGGUACUGGACGGGGGUGGAUAAUUCUCUUGGAGCUACUCGGUAUCUCCAGAUUGGCGACAGAAAGCACGGACCAACUUUCUCACCACGGCCCCGUCUUCGCCUGAAAAUCCCGCUCAUGAAGUGCAACAAGCUCACGGAUCCGCAACACCUACGCUGGCGCCGCGGAGCGCGCUCGCUGCACAAGUUCCUCCGAACGUUCGGGCCUGGUUCCGUCGACCCUGAUGUGGCCGCGGUGAAGGAAAGGGGAAGGGCUGGACGUGCACACUCGCUGUGCGCUCCCGAAAGAGUUUACGCCGCCACGGUGACGUGGGAAUAUCGCCACAAAAAGCUGCAGGCCCUAUUGCGUGCCGCCACCAAGAGGGGGUAUCCCGCAUCAGGAGACGGCAUGAAGUGGACGAAGAGGGCCGAAAGAUGGGGCGGGCUAGCUCCUCCGCCCAGGACCACGGCAAUAUCGAUGGAAAGUCUGCGCAGGAGCGCUCAGAGGAUAGUCACCCGGGCCGCCAAACGAGGGUGCGUGAUGUCGCAGAGGCCGGCUUGGGUGAAGAUUGCUGAGUGGGACCUGCGGCCGUCCACGAGCAAAUCGCGCCAAGGGUCCGGCGGGAACAGGCAAGGUGACGACCUCGCGACAACACCGGGCACGGAAACAGCAGCAGAAGCAGCAACUGCAGGCCCUUGGUCCGCCUAUGAAGACGACGACGGGAACACGUACUACAUCGACGAUUUCACCGGCGAGAGCGUGUGGGAGAUACCGCCACCCGACGUUGCCACCGCCGACGCCGCUCGAGACGCCGAAGAUUGGGAUCAGGGGGCGGCCGGCGGAACGGAGUGGACGAGCGUCACCACAGCGGCCGGGGAGGGGGAAGCGGCGGCUUGGUGGAGCGGUGGCGGUGAUAACCAAAAUGCGAUGGUUGCCGACUCUAACCCGUUCGAUGGGUACGAGUGGCCGGCUUGGGGGCAGCAGGGGGGUGAAGAUGGCGUGGAGACCUGGGGGGGCAAUAGUGAGGGGGGCAACGUAACCACGGGGUGGGAACUGGCAGCGCAGGGGGAACAAGGGGGAGGGGCGGAAGGUUGGACCCAGGAGUGGGACGAGGGCAGCCAGAACUACUACUGGUACAACACUCUGACCUGGGAGAGCCGGUGGUAA